GGAACGGGCGGCUCUCCUCAGGCGGGAGGCGGGGCGGGGAGCGGGCGGGGCCGCCGCCGUGGCGACGGAUGGCUGGGCUGAGGCGUCGGUAGCUGUGAAUGGAAAGCGGGGCUGGCUGCUUUCGUCGGAACAAGAGCAGGGAUGCAACCAAAAAUUGAAAAUCAAAAGGUGCAAAAAACACAGUGUGAUAUGAAAACAGAUUUGAACUUACUGCUUGAAUGCCUUAAAUACCAGAUGGACUGCCCUUCAUCCCAGAAAGAGGCUUUGAUUGCUAUUUAUUCAAUUUGUCAACAAAACAGUGAAGCAUGUGAAUAUUUACGAGAAAUUGGUGGUUUGGGGUUUAUAAAUGAUCUUGCAAAGUCAAGUGUUCAUGGCAUGGUGAAGGAAGCAGCUUUAUUUACACUAGGAAUCAUAAUAGAGAGUAAUGUUUACUGCCAACAAACUUUGUGUACUUCUGCAUUAUUUGAAGACCUCAUUUUAUUUUUAAUGAAUAAGGAUUCUGGCAUGAACUUGAAAAGAAUGUCUGUUUAUGUUAUCUUAGCACUGGUUUCAAAUAAUAAACUUGGCCAAACCUACGUCAGAGAAACAGGCUGCAUUAAUCUGCUGCUGCAGUUAUUCAGAACAACUCUUUCCACACCUGAGCUGAAUCUGUCAGAUGAAAAUAUAAAUAGCUGCUACCAGCUGUGGUCUUCGGUCUGUAGUACUCUCUGUGCCUGUGUUAACAAUCCUCAGAAUGAAGCUAAUCAAAAGAUUUGCUGUUCAGUCUUUCCACAUGCAAAAGAGUGGCUAGAAAGUUGCAUGGAGCCUGAGAUAGUUCGUCCUAUUUGUUCAUUUGUUGGCCUCACGGUUGCAAAUAACUCCCCUGUGCAGAAAUAUUUUGUUUCUGUUGGAGGAUUGGACACCUUAGCUCAAGUCCUCAUCAAGCUGAUGCAUGAUGAUUCCUGUCUGAGUCACUCUAGCACAAAACUUGCAAUAGUAGUAACAAAGACUCUGGACGCCUGCAUUGCUAAUGACUCUGCCAUGACUGUUGUUUUGGUGAAGUAUCACACUGUGUCAGAACUGCUGAACCUACUGUCUAAUGACACUCUGGAUACGGGGGAAAAAAUGAGCAUUAUUCUAACAAUUGGACACUGUACUGAAGUCUGUGAAGAAAACCAGUGUGAACUGCUCGAGAACAAUGGUCUUCCACUUAUGAUUCAGGUACUAACUGAGUCUCAAGAUGAGGAACUACACAAGGCUGCUACUUUUGUGCUGCAGAACUGCAAGCAAAUGACUGAACAAUUGUCCUUGAAAAUAAAUGAGAAGUCCCUAAGUGUGAAAAAUGCAGAAGAGCUGGAGGUGGACACGCAAAUCAGAGAAAGAAGUCAACGAAACUACUGGAAGAAAGCAAAAGACAUUCUGCACAGAAUAAACUUGAUUGAAAAAGAACAUGAUGAGAUUAGCAUGUUCAUGAAGGAAGGAGCAGAAGGAAGACUGUUUGACAGGAGUUCAGAAGCCAGUAUUGAAGCAUCAAAAUCCCAUGAAGUGAAUCCCAGUGAUACAAAAGCACGUGUAGAAAGAACAUGCAAAGAAUUAUGUGGUCCACAGUUAACUUAUAAGUUGGAUGAUCAAGUUCUUGCUCUAGCUGUAAAUUCUUCUGCGCUGACUGUGAAUCCAGUAAAUGCUUCUGCUAGAAAAAGUAAACAGAGUGAUAUUCCACAUUCAGCUUAUGAGAUGCAGUCAGGCACUGCAACUCAAAGUCAUAGUGUAAAUGAAAAAGCAGCUUGUGAAAAAAGUCAGUCCCUUCUUCAGGUAAGGAAAGGCUUGCUUCAACAACCAGUGAAGACUAUUAAACAUAUGAAAUGGGCAAGCACAUCAGACCAACAUUCAUUCUACUCAGACAUAACCAAGGAAGAAAAAAGUAAUUUGAUUAUAAAUGCAUCCCUUAAAAUGACAGACUUCAUGUGUUUAGGUUGUACAACAACAGGACUGUCUUACAAUAGCAGAACUUUUAGUAGGAUGUUGCAGACUUGUCCAUACCUGUGUGGCCGUCACAGAGUCAUUCUGGAAGCUGAAGAGAGAUAUAAAAAGAAACUUCAGAAAUCAUCUGGCUCUAACAAAGGACAUGCAGCUUAUGAGAAAAUAGUGCUGACUCCAGUGAAGAAAGGAAAACUGCUAGUAGAGACAUCUUUAAAGAGCAAACAGGAUAAUUUCCAAAGUAUUCUUUUGACUCCAAUUAGAAAAGGUAAACCCAAUGCUUUGAAAAGAUAUGAACAUAAUAAAAAUACCCAGUUAACUGAAGAAUAUAACUUGCAACCAACAUAUGAAAAAUAAACAAGAAAAGCAAGGACCAUCAUCAGAGUCUUUCAAGAGAAUUUUGGAUUUUUAUGCAUGAAGUUGAAGAACAGCAUUAUUAACAGUGAGGUACAGUCACAACAAUUCCAACUUCUAGAGAAUUUAGAUGAGUUUGGACUUGUGUUUUGUACUGAUAACCUUCAUAACAAAUUGUUAUGCUUUGCAGAUUCAGUUAAAUUGUAAGUUUUUAUAAAUAAUGCCAAUAAAGCCUUUACCAGUAAAAGUUACUUUUAGUUUUCAGGAAUGUAAACUUCUUUGAAAAGUUUUGAUUGUGACAAUUAAUUGGGCUUUGAGCAUUUCUAGUUUGCUUCAUCCUAUUUGCAAGAAAAGGCUUAUUGCCAGAAGCUGGUAAGAAGCAAUGUUCUGACUUCCUUCCUCUUCAUCAGUGAAAUUAGCAGCUGAAAGACUUUGUCAUGGGUUUUGGUGUGUGUGGGGAAAAAUAGGAUACACUAUUAAACAUGUAGGAGAGAUGCAGUCAGGUCAGCAAUUCAAAUUAAUGUUAGCAGAAAUGCUUGGGUGACUGCAGAGGUGAUAAAAACCUUUCUAACGAUAUCAAGACAUGAUGCUAGUAAGUACUGAAUUGGAGAAUGCAAUUUGUUGGAAAUACUCAGAAAUCUACGUACUAGUGGAAUUUCUGGUCACAAAAUUGGGUACUUCCAGAGAGGACAGUGGUAGAACAAUCUUUUAUAUUCUUAUAUCCUGUCUCACACAAAAUUAUUUGCAAACAUCUAUGACAGAAAAUACCAAAUGUAUGUUUGAAAACUGCUGAGUACAGUGGAUGAAUCUUGAAUGGGUACAAGUAAAUGGUAAUACAGAGCUUGUGCAAAUGGCAGAACUUACAGAUGGAACACUUAGUAUGUGGUUCAUCUGCAGUAUUUCUUGACUAGUAUGAAUGACUUGGAUGAGAGUUGUGGACCUACAUGAAAUACUGCAGCUGUGAACGACACACAGUGUCUACUGGAAAAUCUGAUUUCAUUUUAUGGUGGAAUUUCUUUGCUUCUUGUUCAUGUUAGUGAGCAGAACCACUGUUUCUGUUAAGUUCAUAAUAUUUGCUUAAUCUUUAGGGGAAGCAUUAGUGCCUCAUUUUUCUUUUUUUACCAUCAUAGCCUUAUCUGAAUUCUGAUUGUUAGUUUAGAACGGCAAAGAUUUAGUUACUUUGCUGUAGGCUUCCACAAUGAUGUAGCUUAAGUGCUUAAAAACAAGCAAGAAUAAUCUGAAGUGGAAGCAUCAGAUGACGCUAAUACAGUAAAUAGGUCUUUUAAUGCUUUUCGUCUUUGGCACUUCCCUUUUCUUGCUCAAAUACUCAAGCAACUGUAAAAAUGCCUGGAGUCUGUCUCAUCCAUCCUCUUUACUCGCGGUGUGUGAGAAGGGGGCUGUGAACGUUCCCUUAGGUCGCAGUGAGUCCCGUUCUAGAACGCACCACUUCCUCCCCGCUCUCUCCGUGCCGCACAGCGGGUUCGCCCUCCUGCAGCGCGGGCGGAGCGGAGCCGCGCCGUGCCCGCCGCCAGCAGGGGGCGCUGCCGUGCCGGCACCGCCCA